GUCUCACAUACUCCUUUCUCCCUUUCUUCUCUCUCUCCCCACACUAUUUAUUACACGCCUUUCAGUUUCACAACCGCAUUGCUACAAAUCAGCCUCACUGUCUUUCUUCUCCUCUUCUUCCAGAUCCGUAAAAUGGCAAUUGACACCAAUGAAGAACGAAACCGAUCCUCCCAUGUCGCACAAGACGAUGAACACGUUCAUAUUCACGAUGCUGAAAAUGAGAAGAAGAAAAAUAAUAAUGUUGCUAAAGGACUUGAACGAGAACCAGAACCGGAAUCCAUCGAGAAGAUCUUCGAGUCUAAAGAGGUUCCUCCAUGGCAGAAUCAACUCACCCUCAGAGCUCUCGUUGUCAGCUUUAUUUUGGGGAUUUUGUUCAGCUUUAUAGUGAUGAAACUCAAUCUCACUACUGGUGUCAUCCCCUCCCUCAACGUCUCUGCUGGUCUCUUAGGCUUCUUCUUCGUCAAGACUUGGACAAAGCUCCUCAACAAGGCUGGCUUCUUAAAGCAACCAUUUACCCGUCAAGAGAACACCGUCAUCCAGACCUGUGUUGUCGCCACCUCCGGUAUUGCUUUUAGCGGUGGUUUUGGUAGUUACCUCUUUGGAAUGAGUGAAGCUGUGGCUAAGCAGUCAACAGAAGUCAGUGAUGCACAGAAUAUUAAGAACCCAUCACUGGGGUGGAUGAUUGGCUUUCUUUUUGUUGUUAGCUUUCUUGGCCUCUUUUCUGUGGUGCCUCUUCGGAAGAUAAUGAUUAUCGAUUUCAAAUUGACCUAUCCAAGCGGCACUGCUACUGCUCAUCUUAUCAAUAGCUUUCAUACUCCUCAAGGUGCCAAGUUAGCGAAGAAGCAAGUGAGAGAAUUAGGAAAGUUCUUCUCUUUUAGCUUCUUGUGGGGUUUCUUUCAAUGGUUUUUCACUGCAGGAGAUGACUGUGGAUUCGUAAACUUCCCCACUUUUGGCCUCAAGGCCUAUCAGAAUAAGUUUUAUUUUGAUUUCUCUGCUACAUAUGUUGGUGUUGGAAUGAUCUGUCCAUAUCUAAUCAACGUAUCUCUGCUAAUUGGAGCAAUCCUUUCAUGGGGUAUCAUGUGGCCUCUCAUAAAAAAUAGAGAAGGUGAUUGGUACGCUGCAGAGCAUAGCUCCGGCCUCCAUGGCCUACAAGGUUACAAGGUCUUCAUAGCCAUAGCAAUGAUCCUUGGCGAUGGUGCCUACAACUUCUGCAAAGUCCUUGGACAUACUCUAUCCGGAUUGUAUAAGCAAUUCAAUUCUAACGACACUGUUCUCCCAGUUGCUAAUAGGUCUUCUCCUGUGACUUCUCGAACUCUUUCUUAUGAUGAACAACGGCGAUCAGAACUAUUUCUCAGAGACCAAAUCCCGUCAUGGUUUGCUGUCGGUGGCUACGUCAUUAUUGCAAUAGUCUCGAUUGUCACAGUUCCUCACAUUUUCCAUCAGCUCAAGUGGUACUAUAUCGUAGUGAUAUACGCUAUAGCUCCAAUACUAGCCUUCUGUAAUGCUUAUGGUUGUGGGCUAACAGAUUGGUCCCUUGCAUCCACCUAUGGGAAGCUAGCCAUCUUCACAAUUGGGGCAUGGGCAGGAGCUGCAAAUGGUGGGGUUAUCGCAGGUUUAGCAGCAUGUGGAGUGAUGAUGAACAUAGUAUCCACAGCAUCUGACCUUAUGCAAGACUUCAAGACAGGUUACAUGACAUUAGCUUCACCAAAGUCAAUGUUUGUGAGCCAAGUUAUUGGAACUGCAAUGGGCUGUGUCAUCUCUCCGUGUGUUUUCUGGCUCUUCUACAAGGCUUUCCAUAAUCUUGGUGCCCCUAGCUCAGAAUAUCCAGCUCCUUUUGCUCUUGUUUAUCGAAACAUGUCGAUUCUAGGGGUUGAAGGUUUCUCAGCCUUACCAAGGCACUGUCUUACGCUCUGCUACAUAUUCUUCGCUGCAGCCAUAAUUAUCAAUGCCAUCAGAGAUGCAGUGGGGAAGAGGAGAGCUCGUUUUAUACCUGUACCAAUGGCAAUGGCGAUACCCUUCUACAUUGGAGGCUACUUCGCUAUUGACAUGUGUGUUGGGAGCUUUAUAUUAUUCAUCUGGAAGAGGAUUAAUAAGGGCAAGGCCAGUGCAUUUGGACCCGCUGUAGCUUCUGGGUUGAUAUGUGGUGAUGGGAUAUGGACUUUGCCUAGCUCCAUACUGUCUUUGGCAGGAGUGAGGCCACCAAUAUGCAUGAAAUUCCUUUCCAAGAGCCAAAAUUUGAAGGUGGACACUUUCUUAAAUUCUUAGAUGAAUGCUAUAGCUACAACUUUAAUUUGCUCUUUACAUUUAUGUCUUAUUUUUCAUUCGGAGACAAUAUCAUUUUUUUCUCCUGCUAUGCAAUUCAAGCGUAUACUUUUCUUAGCUUUGUUUUCACAAGA